UUAGGGGUUUAGAGGUGAUGGACUGCGAUGGGAGUGUUAGGGGACUGGAGGGAUGGACUUCAACGGGAGUGUUAGGGGACUAGAGAGACGGAUUUCGAAGGGACAGUUAGGGGACUUUAUGAAUGGACUUGGAUGGGGUUGUUAGGGGACUAGAGAGAGAUGGACUCCGAUAGGACUGUUAGAGGACUGGAGGGAUGGAUUUUGAUGGGAGAGUUAGGGGACUAGAGAGAGAUGGACUCCAAUGGGAGAGUUAGGGAACUAGAGGGAUGGAUUUCAAUGGGACUGUUAGGAGACUAGAUAGAUGGACUUCAGUAGGAGUGUUUGGGGACUGGAAGGAUGAACUUUGAUGGGAGAGCUAAGGGACUGGAGAUAUGGGCUUUGAUUGGAGAGUUACAGGAUCAGAGGGAUGAGCUACGAUGGUCAAAGAACCUUUUUUUCCCUUUGACUAUUCUUAUCCUCCUGUAUUCUCAUUGUGCUAUUUACAAGUGGUAAAAGCAUUAAUUGCUGUCACAUUGAAUGCUAAAGGAUCAAGCAAUUGAGAAAUGGGUUAAAAACAAAAAAACUGCGGAUGCUGGAAAUCCAAAACAAAAACAGAAUUACCUGGAAAAACUCAGCAGGUCUGGCAGCAUCGGCGGAGAAGAAAAGAGUUGACGUUUCGAGUCCACAUGACCCUUCGACAGAACUUGCAUUCGAGUCCAAGAAAGAGUUGAACAAAUGGGUUGCUGUUUCAGAGCCUUGUCCUGCUGUAGAGAUGUCCUGAAACAAUGAUACUCUCCCAGUAAAACAGACGGACAUCCCAUGGCGCCUGAGGCAGAUGGUGGACAUUCUCGUUCACGAGGAGAAGCAGAUGGAAAGGGGAGAGACAGGGCCGUGUAUGGAGUACCUCUUACAGCACAAGAUACUGGAGACACUUUGCACGCUGGCCAAGGCUGGGUAUCCCCCUGGCAUGAAGCAACAAGUGCUGCUCCUUAUCACCAAACUGUUGGGGCAGAUUCAGCAGCCGUUGCUGCCUCACAUUAACGUGCACCGCCCUGUCCAGAAGUUAAUUCGUUUGUGUGGCGAGGGUCUGGGAUCCAAAACAGAAAAGGAGGAAGUUCAGUUUCUUACCACCGUCUGUGCAAAACUCAGCCAGGAUCCAUACCUGAUCAACUUCUUCAUUGAGAAAAAGAAUUCUGCUGAUUCCAGAAGAUUGUUGUCUUGCUCCUUUGAGAAGAGCGAAGGUCAGCGAGACGACGCUGUUGGGACAGGAUCUUCAAUGUCAAGCUUGACCCCGGGGGCUGGCCCAUCACACCCUGACCAAUGUCCUGUGACAUGUGCAAGCUCCACGCACCCCAAUCCUGAGGAGGGAGGUGGUCAGCUGGACAAGAGCUUGUUCAGUGCCCUGCUGACUCUGACUGCGAGUGAGAAAAAUCAGUUUGCGUUGAAGGCUUGUGAAGGCUUGCUCCUGUUGGCCAUGUUACCAGAGGAAGUGGCAGCACGGUACAUGGUGGAAAGCACAGCGCUGUGUCACACACUGACCGACAGGCUGUUUGAUCGCUACAGGCUGAUACCAGACUCCGUCGACCCUGGACAAGUUGAGUUGCUGGGAAGAGUUAACUGGCGGUCACACUAUGCUGCCAGUCAUGUGGAAGAUGCAGAGUCAUUUCCAGGUAAAGGGGCUGUGUUGUCUUUCUUCUCAUGGCUGGACUACUGUGAUCAGCUGGUGAAGGAAGCCCAUAAGGUAAUUGCUGCUGCUGUGGCCCUGGAAAUCCGGAGGCAUUUCUUUGUCAAAGUCUUGGAGCCACAACUAUUGCAGGUGUCUGAGGUGGGGAUCCUCUCGUCCACCGCGCUGCUUGUGGGGGUCGUGACUCACAUCACCUCGCCCCGGUUGCUGGAUGAACUUGUUGUGUUUUUGCUGGGAGAUCAGAAAGAGGCGGAGGUGCCCGUGGACCCAGCCUGCCACCUGCUACGUUCCCAGCUGAUAGAACGCUGCAACCAUCUGUCCGACGAGAUCAGUAUGGCCACACUGAGAUUCUUUGAACAGCUCCUGCAGAAACCUCAGGAACAUAUAAUUUAUAACCUGGUGCUCCGGAAUAUGAGAGGUCGCUGCUACAUUGGAAACAGUAUUGGACAUGAGGACAGACCUGCAGAGAACGAACAGCUAGAUGAGACAGAAGAAUUUGAAGAAGAUCCUUUCUUCACUGACAUCUACACAGGAAGCAGAUUCCCAGCUUCUGAUUGGCUUGUUCCACCAGUAGCAACGCAAGAGGCAACAAAGGCUGAUGGGAAACCAGAGGUUAACAGAAUAGUCAACAGCUUCUUGUGUCUUGUUCCUGACGCAGUGAAAACCUCUCACCUUGUGGCAGGCUGUGGGUAUGACACUUACCUUGUGGAUGCACAUCGAAUGUUCCAGGGUUGCUGUGUCAGUGCCAGGGAGUGGAAGUGGCCACUUAUCCCCAACCGUUUGGAAAGCUGUGACCCAAGCAGGAUAUUUUAUGAAGGCGAUUUCCUGAAAGUCCUCUUUGACAGAAUGGCACAGAUCCUACAGCAGCCUUAUGACUUGAAUUUGCAAAUAACAUCUGUGAUAUCGAAAGUUGCACUUUUCCCUCACCCUCACCUCCAUGAGUAUUUGCUGGACCCGUACAUUAACCUCGCCCCUGGCUGCAGGUCUCUCUUCUCUGUCAUUGUCCGAGUAAUUGGAGACCUCAUGCAGAGAAUCCAGAGAAUCCCACAGUUUCCUUCCAGGUUACUGCUGGUCAGAAGACAGCUGAUGGGAUUGGAACCUGAAGAUGUAGUGGAUCAUGCCACACUACUGAAGGGUGUGAUUGUCUUGGAGGAAUUCUGUAAGGAGCUGGCUGCAAUAUCAUUUGUCAAAUACCCAUCGGAACCAGACUAAAUUCAGACUGGCUGCAGUGCCUUUUCUCAAGAGACCACUGAACUGUCACUGGACAUUGUACACGUGUUCCCAGCACACGGACUUGGACAAUCCGUCCCUCUUCAGUUUUUAUGUUUUAAGUUCAACUGAGUGUUUUUGACAUGGUGAGGGAUUUUGGAAACUUUUCUUCUCUUCCCCCCCACCCCCACCCCUUGGAUUCCUAUCUUAAAUUUGAACCAUGGGAUAAGCUUCCACCAGGAAUGGUGUGAGACAGACAGGACUUAAUUGCUUCUUCCAACUCCUCUGUCAGCGGGACAUGAAUCAGCUACGACCUCCUGCCAACAGCAGAGGUCAGCCUCAGCCCCCUUUCCCCAUCCCAAUCCUGUCCUGCACCAUUUAGUGCUGUACACUUGUCUGUGGCUCAGGGCACACAAGGUACAAGAUUAUGUCUGUCACUGUUUCCAAAUAAUUAAUUAUGUGAAAUGCGUUGAUCAUUUCAAAGGUAAGGGGCUAUACAACUUUGUUUUAUUUAUGUGUAAAGAUGACCGAAUCAUGUGAAUAUAACUGCCAGGGUCUUGUUGUUGUUUGUAGAUAGACUGUAAUGCUGGAAGGUGAAAGUGGAUGCCUUUUAGAUGAGCUACUUGUAUAGAGAAUGACUCCCUUGUCUCGAGGGGAAGUUGGUGGUGUGGUUUAAUCACUGCCUGUAACACCAGCUGCCAACAGCUAUGAACAUUUUAUUUUAUGAUUAAAAGAUGAAAUGUU